AUGAUCAUGCAGACCUCCAAGUCGUUCGCUGUCCUGCUACUCAGCUCCAUUGCGGCAGCUUUGCCCCAGGAGCAAGUCAAUGACCCUCAAGUCACUCUGACAACCAUAACCGUCGGGCUGCCUACGUCCUGUACCUUCAAGCCUACGCAGACCAUCACGGCCACGACCGGCUGCGAGACGCCUUGCAGUACUUAUGCCGACAACUGCUGGUGGGACAUCUUGAACUGGCCUGCGGAUGCCCGAACGGCUUGGGGUAUAACGACGAUUACACCCACCACCUGCCCAACCCUGAUUCCUUCCGGUAUCUAG